AUGUGUCCGAAUAGUCGGGUUGUGGCCGAGUCGGAACGGUCGUGGCCGGAUGGAUUCACGGUCGGCCGGCGUGGUCGGACGGAUGAGAUUUGGCCGAUGAUUUCUCGGCCGGACGUGGGACGUUCUUUCCCGGCUCGGACGGAUGCAUCGGCCGUGGUACGCGGAAGGGUUGCGCGGCCGCGAGGCUUGUUCCCGGCUCGCGCGCUGGUCGUGCGCGGCGUGGCGUGCGUUUGGCUUGGCCGACCGCGGGACAUGUUUCCCGGGUCGUGUUGCGUGAUCGGCCGGUCGGUUUGGAACUUUGGCCGAGACUUCAGUCGGACGGAUGUGACUUUGGCCGAGCGCGAAACAUUCGUUUCUCGGCCAGCCGGACUGCGCGGUUUGGGCGCUGAUUCUCGAUAG